AUGAAGCCAGAGUUGGCGCCGAUCCCGCCGGGCGCGCCGCGGUGCGAGGACGGCUUCGAGUCUCCGUCCGGCAUUCGUGUCACUUGCACAAAGGACUGGGUGAAGCAGCAUCCGGUGGAGGGUGACGGCCUGUGCGUGCAUCUCUAUCAGUACCUGAACAAGAAUGUCAAGGGCCGGGAGCACUCCAUGUCCACGGUGCUCUUGCCAGAUACGGUCGUGUUCAACCACAACUUCCCCCGCGCGUGGUACGCCUACGAUCGCAAGAACAGCGAGAUCGUGAAGCGACCAGCGUCGAUGCUGGAUGCGCAGACCAUGUACGCGCACUUUUCCGAGUCCGUGAAGGGCUGCGACAUCGUUGCUCAGUUCUUCCACACGAGCGUCGACGUGGAGGAGGCUUGGAAGGAGGUGCUCACGCCGCAGCAGCUGAAGGCGCACACCUAUGCCAAUCAGCAGCUCACGUACGUGGAGUUUUUCACGGCCGACGCUCUGCGCUGCUUUCUGUUUGACCAGAAACGCAAGCCGGACGGUGUGCUGCAGAAGUUCGUCAUCCCCAAAGGCGAGGGGUUCAGUCGGCGCAACUUCCAGCUGCAGGUGAUCUGGACCCCAUACAUCACGACCGUUUACCGCCGCACAAACCGCUCCCGGCUGACGGAUCACGUCGUGCCGCUGGCAAAUCGCGCUGCAACGUUUGAUGGAGCGCCGUACCUCAGUGAUGAGACCCUUGUCGCCGACGAAACCAAGAGACAGGUGACGCAGCUGUGCGAGAGCAUCGCAGACCACUUCUACGCCACAGAGAAAAAGCGCAUCUCGCGACUCAUCCUGUACGUGAAGACGGACGAUCAGAGUCGCAUGUGGGUGCUGUGGAGCAGCUGCAUCCGUGUCGCACCCGACGCCAUGAACCCGACGCUGCUGCGCGUGCCCGUAUGCCUGAACAUGCGGACAGAGGUGCUCAACGACGGCGUCAGCACGCUGACGCGGCUGCAGACACGCCGUCACCGGCAGCGGCAGCUUCUCGCGCUCGACGCGGAGCUGUUCGAAAUGACGCAUGACUUUGAGUUCGCGCUCACGCUGAACGCGUCCCACAAGCGACAGGCGAAGGCGCUUGGCCUCCGCGGUAGGAGGCAUGGCGCCGGGCCGCAAGUGCGUCCGACGCGGUGGCGCGGCGAGCAGAAGACGUCAGUGGAGCGAGAGAACCCGUUCUACCCGUCGUUCCUAGCCCUUGAGGUGGGCAGCGGCGGCAUUGCUCCGGAAAGCGUCGUGCCGGUCGCGGGUCGCGACAGCGGAAGCAUGCAGUCGGAUCAACACAGUGCCAUUUCUCAGCCCGAUGACGAGCGUAUGGCCGGAGGCGAGGACGAGCUCGUGUUGGACCCUGUUGCACAGGUGCAGGAGGAGCUGGUUGCCUUAGCCAUGGAUGCAUGGUACGCAACGUACUCCACAACAUUGGCCGAUGAUCCUCACGUGAUGCCGACGGCGCAUGCCGAGCUGGCAGCCCCGCUCGUGGGCACGCUGACGGAGGAAGAGCUGCAAGGGCUGGUGGAGGUGCUGGGGCUCCUUCCUGUGCAUGGCGAUCCCGCGACUACGUCGAUGUCGCACUACAUGGUCGCCCCGUACUUGGUCACGUCUGGGCGGCGCUUGGAUCGUCCGUCGGCUGAGGUGGAGCUCGACGUGGUGAGCUACCUCGAGGAGGUCUUUCGCCGUCGCGGAGACGAGAUUAGCCGUUCCUGCAUGGAGAAGUUCAGCCACUUUCUGUGA